CUUUUGUGCUUUCACAACACUCCCAGUUUUCUGUGCUCAUUUGGUGGUUAAUAAUAAUGUCCGGCGGAGACCGGGAGCAGCUGCGUCGCUUUGUGGCCGCUAGCAGGAGGCGUCUGCAUGACCUUCUGGAGCGCCUGCACUGGAGCGAGCAGGGGGUGCUCGGGGAACACCAGCCAACCGACGACGGGCACGCGGCUGAGAUUUCAGGGGACCUGCCGCCCUCCUGCUGCACCAACUCCGCCUUUAGCGUCAAACUCGACGAGACGGCUGUACAGCAGAUUAUUGGAAAAGACACAGUCCACCCGUGUGCCGGCUCCUGCUUCGAUGAUCUGCAGGCGGGCCUCAGCGCAAGCCACAGACUCCUGAUAUACGAGCACGUGCUGCAGCACACCGAGAGGCACCCAGAGUUUGAAGACAACGCCGCCUUCGCCGAGCUGGUGGGCGAAACCAGACGGGAGCGAAAGAAGCAGCGUCGCCACCGCAAGAGCAAGCCCACGCUGAACGAGGAGCUGCACCAGUUGGUCGAUCUGCAGAUGCAGGCGCUGCAGCGGCAGAGGCAAAAGGAGCUCGCCCACAAGGAGCAGCACCGGCAGCACAAGGAAAGGCACCGGGAACACACAGAACAGCGCCACCAGGAACACAAGGAGUGGAACAGGGAUCCAGACCGCAGCCGGAAGAGAAGUCGGAGUAGGAGUCGCAGCCCAAAUAGGCAACGCCAUGGACACAGGCGUCGGGAAGAGCGAGAGCCCCGCAGUCAGCACUACAGCACACAUCGGUCCCAUACCUCUCGUCACUAGA